AUUUUCUAAGUUUCAAUUGCCCRUAUAUAACUUAGAAGGCACAGGUACUUAGGUACUUAGCAGCAUUUUCUAUUUUGGAUUAGAAUGAACUUCUAAUGGUGUCAUGUGUACUUUAAGUAGCAAAGUAGUGCGAGGCGUUUUACACAGCAUGGUGGGCUUCAAUAACCCGUGAAAUACGCUUAUACGCACUAAACUUUAUAGCUCUUAGUAGUGUUAGUACUUWAUAUGUGACACGCAUUAACAAGCUUUGACUAUUAUAGUUUGCUGCACAGGUUAAUGAAGAUAGUAUUUAUAAACCCUUGAAACGAAUAAGUAAUAGUGAAAGUGCAAUAUUGUGUGAUAGACAGGAAUGACGAAAAAAAUAUCGUGAAGAAAAUAAAGAGAAACACAGAGAUUAAGCCAUGUUAACGAGAAGUUUCAUAGAUUAUUUAUAGAAUGUUUGAUGUACACGUAAUUGCAAAAACGUUUUUCUAAAGACGUAGAAAAAUUAAAGGAAUACAUUAAAUAGACAAUGAAAAGCGUCCAGACGUCCCUUUUUAAUGUCMGUAUAUUCCUUUUCAAACUCAAAUAUCAAAAUAGUUCUGUUUAUUUGACAACGUAUGGCAUUAUUCAUGCUCAACUCUGAUUGGCUGUUGACUAUCUUGAGUAAAGAGGCACGACUUGACGUCCACCGUCCUUUUAAUAUUUUAUCUGAACAAAUAAUAAUUUUAUCAGAAAUUGAAUUUUAAAAUGUCAAUCAAGGAUGGAUUUCUAGUAAGAAUUGACUUAGUUAUUUGAGAACGAUCUGAGCGAACUAAUGGCAAAUCUGUUUAAAUAUGACGUUGCUAUAGAGUGGGAAAGGAGAGAUGAAAUGAAAAAAAAUGAAAUAGAGAAGAUUGGGAUGCCGGCGCGCAAGACAACACAGCAGUUCACUUCUACAUGCACUUUUUAAAUGGGGUUAUGAUAUUUGCUCUUCCUGAUACGUUUAAGCACGUAAACAUUUUUGUAUUUAAUUUAUUCAUUUAUUUUUUUAUUUUUUUCUACCAGAGGGGAAAAAAAUUUAAAUUCUAAAUGAWAUCUAUAGAUGUGUAUGUGCUGCACGAAAAAAAAUUGCAAGUUUACCGAGUAAUUUUAGGCCCUUCAUUGUGUAAAUCCCUAAGUGACAGCGUCUUUCACCGAUUUUAUGAUUAAUUUUGAAAGCUACGAAAUAAUGUAAGCCAGCUCUUAGAUCAAUCAAUAGAGACGAAUUUAUAUCAUAAAUUUAGCCGAAAUUCCUUAUUGUUCCACAAACCAUUACCGCACUUACAGUACUUCAAAUGCCGGAUACCAACACAGGCUGUUCAGUGCGACGGAUAUACUUGCACAAUAUACUAGAUAUUAUCAAAUAAAUGACUCCAUAUCUGAAGUGCUAUAAUUGAUGAACUAAAAGAAAGCUUUUGGCUUUAAUUGUUAUUGACUUUCCUCGAAAAAUAUAUGUUUAAAACACUUUGAUACGGAAAAGAUAAAGUGCGAGUCCACUUAAAAGGAUUUAUAGAAGUAGAUAGGUCAUAUACAGUGGAUGUUUUGGGUUACACAUAGUAUUUCUUGACAUUCACACUGAUGUAUAAAGAUUUUUGAUUGAUUAAACACAGAAAAAAAGCCAUUUAUKAGAAACGAAUUCAUCAUAUCAAGCUGUUUUCGUGUUGUUAGUCGAUGUGGCAUGCUGUAUAGAGCAGGGAGAUACGUGUCAUAUAAUGUUACUACGUCUAUAUUAAUUUACAAAAUGAAUACAUCGGAAGAGUUGAGAGUUCCUUUUCCUCGCUGGGUAAAACUCAAUUUUCCUGCUACCAAAUUGUGUAUAUUCAUCAAAACAAACCUUUGAAAAACAGAAAAACAAACUCAUAUUUCUUUCGGGGGGUAUAGAAGUUUAAAUAUAUUUGACAAAAGCGAGGUCUUGUGAUCCAGACAUAAACAGGUGCAUAAUGCAACAAAUUAGCUUUUUUUAAUUUACAUGUAAUAAACGUUUGUUUAAAGAAUAAAAAUCAUCUCUCCGUUACGAGUCACGUGGAAAUUCUAGAUUCUCACUGGAAAUCUCGUGAAAAUUUYAUGAAGGUAAACAUUGUGCUCAUUGUCGCCCGCUCAGUUGUCAUAAUAGCGACAAGAUAUUACAACUUGYCUUCAAAAAAUCGCUGCUUUAAAGGCUAAUUCUCUAGCCAUGGCAAACGAAGAGCUUAGAGAAAAGAAUGUCAAUAACCAAGGCAUACGAAGAUCAGUUUUAGAUUUUCUUCAUCACAUUGGUGAUGGCAAUGUUGGAAAGACUACUCGGCAUGAUUUAUUUUCGGUCAUGGCGGCCUUCAAGCGAUGGCAGACGAGAUAUAAACGAUACAAGCUCCAAAUUCCGCCUCAAAUGCGAAAUCGCAUCAUCCUACACUAUGGUUUAUUCAAGAUAACGUGGGACUGGUUGAUCAUGAUAUUUGUGUUAUACACAGCCAUAGAGGUUCCGUUUGUCGCUGCAUUUAUCAUGACAGAACCGCGAAAUCAAAGCGUUGCUGCAAUACCGUGGGAGCUCUUAAUAGAUCCUAACUCAGAAGAGAAUACCACUCUCUUCAGUCUUCUCAAGACAGCCCGUCUGCUUCGGUUAUUUAAGGCCGCGCGUAAACUGGAUCGAAAUUAUGAGUAUAUGACGUCACUUCUAUUUUUGAUGCUCAUGUUUUUUAUGCUUGUUGCUCAUUGGAUGGCUUGUGCGUGGUACGCCAUUGGCUUCACKGAAGCUCACGAUAAAUUAGGAUUAUCUUGGCUAUCAAAACUSAGUGAAGAAAGUAAUCUGAACAUUAGCACAAAUCUCCCUCCGCUGAAGUCACGUUAUAUAACGUCACUGUAUUACGUCAUGACGCUGUGUACUACUGUUGGGUUUGGAAAUGUUUCUGCAAACACCGACUAUGAAAAGAUUUUUACCAUUUGCGGGAUGGUUCUUGGAGCUGUUAUGUAUGCUGGUAUCUUUGGAAAUGUUACAGCAAUCGUCCAUGGUCAAUAUUCAAGCAACUUCCGAUACAGGAAAGAGGCAAUGGCCAUCAACGAAUUCAUCCAUUUUUUUAAGAUUCGAAAUCCAUUAGCAAGAAGACUUCGAGAAUAUUCUAGACACACGUGGUCUCAGACUAAGGGAACAGACAUGAGCAAG